GUGGCGCACGAAAAGUAAAUCCACUUGACCCUGUGUAACGACAGCGAAGCAUAGACUAAGCUAAAUCGGGAAUUUUCCCGACACACGUGAGAGCCCAAGAAAGAGAAGACAAUAACGGAAUAAAACGUUAUUAAUCUUCGAUUUAAAGACAUUUUGACUCGGCCUGUUGACAUAUUUAGUUUUCUACUCGUUUGCUGCUAGUUUAGUUAUUCCGCUGGGCACAAAACAAGAUUUGUGGCCAAAUUAUGGUUGGUGGCAAUAAACGCCUGCUUAUAUUGUCGAAGGAGGAUGCCUGUUGUUGGCUUCCGCUACUUUCCUGAUACCUCUUUCCUGCUUGCUUAGUCUUUUGAAAAUGUAUGGAAUAACGAAUAGUUCUGUUACAAAUCUGCAAUGAACGAAAGUCAUCAUUCGAGGAGAUCGAAUUGCGUGCACAUCUUUGGGUUUUAUAAUUUAUUUGGAACAGUACUCUGUGUGGUUUGGUGUCGCUACACUUUCUUUCGACUCUUGGUUGUUGUGGUGGUUUGUUCAUUUUUUUCGAGUUUCAGCCAAGAACUCAAUCCCAAAGGCAGGAAUGUAUGCAAACUACCAGGGUCACCAGGCUUGGUAUGCUGCAGCGGGUGGGGGCAGCUAGGCAAUGAAUGUUUGACACCUCUUUGUGUAGGGAACUUUACCUGUAAGGAGAAUGAGGUGUGUGUCAGGCCCAAUGAAUGUCGCUGUCGCCAUGGAUAUUUCGGAGCCAGUUGUGAUACAAAGUGCCCAACCCAAUUCUGGGGCCCCGACUGCAAGGGCAAGUGCCAGUGCUUCCCCAACGGCCACUGUGACGACAUGACGGGCAAGUGCACGUGCAACGCCAACCGCUGGGGGCCCAACUGCGAGAAGCCCUGCCUCUGCCAGAAGGGCAAGUGUGACCAGGACACGGGCUCGUGCACAUGCCACCAUGGCUUCUGGGGCCCUCAGUGUGCUAACAACUGCUACUGCAGUCUCAACUCUGUUUGUGACCAAAACACAGGAAGGUGUAACUGUAGUCUUGGUUGGUCGGGGAGGAACUGUGCCAUCCAGUGUAACUGCAAUAACUCACCAUGCGAGCAGUUUACGAGUCGGUGCCAGUGCCAGGAGAGACAUUGGGGCCAACGGUGCGAGAGGUAUUGUCAGUGUGUCCAUGGGAAGUGCAACCAGGCGGACGGCUCGUGUACCUGUACCCCGGGGUACCGAGGGAAGUUCUGCAGGGAACCGUGUCCCGCUGGAUUCUAUGGACAGAACUGCAAGAACAGGUGUGGGCACUGUAAGGGGCAGCAGCCCUGUAAGAUAACUGAGGGCAGGUGUGUAACCUGUGAGAGGGGCUGGAACGGGACCAAGUGUGACCAGAUGUGCCUGUCAGGCUUCUUCGGAGAGAACUGCCUGGACGUGUGUCCUCUGUGUAAAGAUGGCCACUUCUGCAACCGCAUCGACGGAAAGUGCUCCCACUGCAACCCCGGUUGGAUCGGGGACAGGUGCGAGGUGCGUUGUCCCAACGGGACUUAUGGGGAUAACUGUGAGAAUGACUGCAGCCACUGUUUUAACGGCGUUUGUCACGUUGCCACCGGACAGUGCCUGUGUGACCCAGGAUUUUACGGGACAUACUGCAACAUGACGUGUCAGAUGGGUCAGUAUGGAGUGAACUGUGCCCAGACCUGCACCUGUCACGACAACAACUGUAACCCAGUGUCUGGGGCCUGCAACCUACAGCCUAACCAGAGGAUGGGUGUGAUCGCGGCGGGAACCCUGGUCUUCUUUCUGCUCAUUGUCCUCCUCUCACUCCUCUGCUGCUGCUGCCUCUGCAGUAAUAAACACCACCAGAAUCCUGACCAAGACAACUCUACCAACAGUAAAAAAGCCAGGCGGAUCCUGUGUGGACGAUUUAGCCGAAUCAGCACCAAACUCCCCCGGAUCCCACUGAGACGGCAGAAGCUGCCUAAAGUAGUCGUAGCCCACCACCCUGAGAACACAUUCAACUGCAGCUUCAUCGAGCCCCCCUCUGUAGCCGAGCUGCCCAGCCCCUCCUCCUGGUCCUCCCAGGAGUCCUUUGAUUCUUUCGAAGAGGAACCCAGUGAUGAUGGCCCUGUGUACUGUGUUCCCCAUGAAGAGUCGCUGAAUGAGAAUAAGGUGAAGGGCAGUCCCCCUCUUGCUGAGAUGCCAGCAGCAGCCUUCCACAGUGAGGAUGAUACAGGUGGGUAUACCUCCCUAAAAGACACCAGCGCCACCACCUACAAACCCCAGGAGGGGAGUGAAGCGCCCCUCAAGUCCUCAGACAGCGAGGGCUCCACCAGCAGUUCUGAGUCAGCCAUUGGGGCCCUUUAUGCCCGCAUUGCACACCUCUCCAAGAAUUCCAAGGAGGAAGAAGAUGGGGGCGACAGCAUGGUCACCAUCGAGGUCAAGGGUAAAAGGAAACCACCAUCCCCGGGGGGAAAGACCAGGACCAAACCACGCCCGCCGGACCCCUCCACCAAACCCAAGGUGUCGUGGAUCCAUGGGAACAACGGGGGUACCACUCUCCAGGUGGAGAAGCCAAACCAGGGGGACAAGGGGCUAACAUUUCCCAAGGUGAAGACAACCAGGAGCUCCAGCAACAGCUCAGCCAAGAGCGAAGAGAGGCAGAGGCUGAAGGAGAAUUCCAAGGAGAAGAGCAAGCGAGAGGAAAAGGGGACGGUGGUCAAUGGCUCCCAGAGCAAACACAAGGCCCACUGGGUGGGGAGGUCCAGAGAGAACAUGAACCACAUGGAGCACAUCAAUGGGGUGGUGCAAAACGCUCUAAAGAAGAUCGGCAACUUCCACAACUCCGAUAAGAAGGCAGCCGCUGUGGAGAUCCCCAAGGAGGCGCCCAAGAGCCCCAAAGUAAUCCACCCACACAUGAACUCAGAGGCCGCCACACUCCUGGCCGCACAGCUCAAGGAGAAGACUCAGAGCAUCACCCGGAACGAGGGCACAGGCCUGGUAAAGACCAACGGCCUGUCCACCCCGAUCCUCCGGGGCCGAGGAGACCGGGAAAAGCCCACCCCUCCGCAAAAGGCCAAACGGACCACCGCUCCCACACCAGGCCACCAGGGCUCCAACAAGCCUCUGCUGCCUACCACCACCAGCCUCCAGAAGAUGGUGGGUGUUGAGGACCCAGCUACCCCCGAGGUCGCCCCCAAGAGCCCGGACAAGCAGGACUUGAACGGCUCUAGAGUGGUAGAGGGUUGUGCGGGGGACCCCACGCUAAAGAAGACCCCCAUCAAAAAGCCUCCCCGAAAGAAAGGCAAGGACGGGACUUUGGAUACUACUCUGGAAACUAAGACACCGACAAAGACAGCGAUUAUGCCACCGCAGAUCGUCAAAUAGAACGUUUUUUAAAAUUGUUUCUCACAGACAGGACAAUGGUGACAAUGGUGAAUGAAUGACUUCUUCCAAAGGAGACAUGCAAAAGGACAUGGUGGUUGUUCAUCAAAGGAGUGUAUUAUUUUUGCGAGUGUGUGUGCUGUGUGUCCAGAAUCAGCGGAAAGUAAGUGGAACGUGUUUUUAAACUGUGGUUCUUCUCAUUGGUGUGGGAGUGGGUUUGUAAUCUAUUGAACUGUAUACCAUACUAGUAUUACAUUGACUGAAGUUGAAAGUAAAUUCAUGGACUCUUUUCAUAAACCUGCGAUGUAUCCGUUUUCCACUACAACGCCAAACAUAACUGGGGGAGAGUGCUGACAGUGGCAAGCAAUCGUAUUUAAUUUCCUCCAUGUUUCUCCAAUGCUCACAACUAAAUAUUCAUGUAAGAAUCUCAUCAUUGUAUCAUUAUAAUUUAAAACCUUUUUUACUCAAUAUUCUGUGUGAUGCAAUCAAAUGUAUGCAAUGUAAGUGAGGUGAAGUAAGGCUAAGUUGAACCAUGGUACUGAGAAUACAAGUACAUUAUUUUUCAGUUUGAUUUAAAUUAGCCAGUUACACUCCAUAACGGAGUUGUUGGCCUCUUUUUGUCGUCCUUUUUUGUUGUCAAUAUGUUGCGUAAUACCGAAUACAAACCAUUUUAAUUUUUUAGUGUCUUCAGAGAGUACAUUCUUUCACAAUUUUGUCAGUCAUGGUUUGUUGGCAAACAAAUUAGCUUUUUGAACUCAAGCGAACUGUUAAGGAAGCAUUACGUUGUCAUUCUUCUCCUAACAGAGCUAUGGCCUCGUGAGACUGCAAUUCUUUUUUGUCCUCUAAUUGUUAUUUGUUUUUUGGUCUGUAUCUCUAAGGCCAUACACUGUGUUAGGUCCUGUUGUCCCCUUUGAGAGGACAUUCUGCAAUUUUUCAAUAUCAUCACAUGUGUGGGGGUGUCAUCUUCAUAAAAAAACAAAUCUGGUUCAAAAUGUCUCUAUUACAAUUUCCAUCACAAUUAACACAUUUUAUUGUGUUAUCAUUUUUGUGAGUUUGAUAUUCAAAUAGUUUCUAAUAAGUAAAUAUCUCAGGAAUAGUUUGGUGAGUUUUCAGAGCAGUGUAAUACAUUUUCCACAUAAAAUAAGAGCAACUUUUGGAUAUGCUCUCUUUUUAGAAGUAAAACCAGCAAAAAAAAUGCUAAGCUAUUUUUUCCUUGUGCUUAUCGAAUAGCUAGCUAGUGUAAAUGCCAUACUUUUAGGUUCUUUCCAAAUCCUUCCUUCAAUCUCACCCACAUAGGGGUAAGCAACACUCCGUAUCAAGAAGUAAUAAAGAACAUCCUUGCAUAAUGUUUCAUAAAGGGCAUGAAACAAUGGCUACAGUGCUAGAGGCGUGACUACAGGCUGUAUCACAACUGGCCGUGAUUUAGAGUCCCAUAGGGCGGUGCACAAUUGGCCCAGCUUCGUCCGGGUUUGUCCGGUGUAGGCUGUCAUUGUAAAUAAGAAUUUGUUCUUAACUGACUUGCCUAGUUCAAUAAAACAUUUAAAAAAUGUAAUGAUGGAUUAGUCAUCUGGUCUUAUCACAAUGUUGUCUAUUAAGGUUGAAGGCAUUGUGGCAUUGUGGAAGUUUCCCUAUAAGUCAGUCUGGUCAGACAAACAACUUUUGGUUGUGAACUGAUACCUCCCUUUUCUGCUGCUCAGAUACAUUAGUGCAUUACUAUUCUGUGGAAGGCCCUAAGUAGCUACAUCUUCUCUGAUUUAUAAAGGCAUGGUAUAGUGGAACACUCGCUAUAGCAAGUAUUUCAAUUGCGAUAAUAAAUAGAAAAGCAAUAAAGAACAUCCUUGUCUUACACCUCAAGAUAAUUUAAGACUUUCAGAAGAAUUACCAUUAUUUAUCAUUUCACAUGCAACGUUGUUGUGCAUGACUUUUCUGCUAUUUUGCCAAGAGAUUACACCACUAAUGUCUGAUGGUACCAUUCAUUAUUACUGGGAAAUAUUACGUAGCAGAAGAAAUACAACACAAACUGUUUGAUACUUCAGUCAUUAACUUCCUGUGGUUUAAUUCACUAUUGCAUGACUUAGUCUAGACAUGUUAUAUUGGUUUUAUGCCAAGUUUACUUUGUCCCAACUUGAAGUGUGGUAAAUUAGUUUAUCAAAGCCAGCUAAUUGGGGCGGCAGGUAGCCUAGUAGUUAGAGCAUGGGGCCAGUAACCGAAAGGUUGCUGGAUCAAAUCCCAGAGCUGACAAGGGAAACAUCUGUUGUUCUGCCCCUGAACAAGGCAGUUAACCCACUGACUUGCCUAGUUAAAUAAAGGUAAACAAAUAUAUAUUUAAUUGAAGCUAAUUAUCUAAUUAUCACCCUAUCCUAGACCCAAAGGAAUGUAUUGUGUCUUACUGUAAUCAGUCUAAGACAUGGGAAAUAUGAUGAUGGGUGUGGUUUUGAGCAAAUGUACAUUUGUACAUUUACUCAACAAGCUUGUUCAAAUUCAGCUCACGAGUAGAAUGUACAAUUAGAAGGCAACCAGCUGCAAUAGGAUAAGUUGACAUGGAAUUGUUUUAAUGGUCAUACCAUUUAGCUCAUUUAGCUAUUUGAUUUAGAAUUUUAGGUAUUUGUAUUUGAUGAAAAAUAGAAUUUGGCCUUUAGUACCAAAUCCCAUAGAAACACAUUCAAUAACACAUUCAUAAAUGGAAAAAAUUGAUUAAGGUUUUAUAGUGUCUGUUCUAUAUCUUUGAGAUGUAAGAAAGCUCAGGAAAUAUAUAAAAUAUAUAUUUUUUACACAUAUUUAACCCCUUUUUUGGGUAGUCACACAACUACCUCCAUACUUCCAUUCAUUAAAAACUGGUACCGGUUACAUUCAGAUGAGUCCCGUGGGGGUCGUAGAGCAAAACGGAGACCCCCAUUGUGUUCGUAGAGCAAAACGGAGACCCCCAUCGUGUUCGUAGAGCAAAACGGAGACCCCAUCGUGUUCGUGGGAGUCUCAUAUAUCCAUAGAGUGGACUCUACAGCAGUUUUCAUGAGAAUUCCGAUUUUCGGGAUGUCUCAUGGUCUGACAAACACCACUGUAGCCACCUGUAGCCACCUUCCACCACAGAAGAGGAAGGCCGCCAUAGGCGGAUGUGGUGGGCUGAGACACAGCCCAUGCAAGAACGGAUAUCUCUAGCUUAAACUGAAGGAUCUUGAUGGAGAUUUGUUUUACUGUGGUAAUUAGAUUGAUGCACCGGUGCAUCAAUAGACUCUAGGGGGAUAGCUACAGUAAUAUAGUUGUGUGUUUUUAUGCAUAUGAUAGUAACUACAUUGCAAGAGGAAGCUCACAGAACUAGAGCGUAUGGGAUAUGAAUAAAACAUAUUCAUAUAAAAUAACAUGUGCAUACUAUAGUACAUAAGUGACAGUGGUUUAUGCUAUGGAUUCAAACUUACAUUUCACUUUCACAGUUUGAAAAGCUAUUUGAGUGCUUAUGAUUCCUACACAUUUGUUAUUGCUUGUUUCCAUUUUUUUUAAAUGUGGGUUUCAACGAUACAACCAGUCUCCUCUUUUAUCAGUUAUUUUUUUCUUCAUGUGAAAGUAUAAUUGUAUAUGUGUUUAAGCUGUGCUUAUAUAAAUUGUUUUGCUACUUUACUCUGUAUGUGUCAAUGAACUGGCUUUCAUGUUACGUUUGAUGUCUUUAAGUCAGGGUCUCUGCAGCCACAGUAUGAGUACUUCCUUGGCUUGACAUUUCCCCUUUCUCUGUAAACUUUAUGAAGCAGAGUGAAAUUAUAUGGAAACCUAUAGCCUUCUCUCUUUUAUCUUAUCAACUUUUCUUAAUCCUUUUGUCCUUAGGAAAUAUCAAAUAUCAAAACUUCAAAGUAUUGUACAGGACAUGUAUUAUUGUGUCACCACUGUUAUUAAGUAAAUGUAACUGAAACCAUACAAGUUGUGUGAUUUAUAAAGUGCCAUUUUAAGCAAGCAGGAAACAAAUAUUUGUAUAUCUGACUGACUGGCCUUUGCCUGCUUUCACAGGCUACAGUACAUAUUUGUAAGCAGGGCCUCAACGCUGCAGAAACAUUAUCAGCGAUACGGUUGUAACUCGUCAUUCUGUUUGUCUGAUUAGAUUUUCAGUUGUUUGUCUUCAAAAAUGUGUUUUUUGUUUAGUAAUUUACUUUGAAAUAAAAGCGAUACAUGUA